AUGCCACCAAGCAGUUGGUGUGAAGAGCCGGAGUUUCACUCCCCAACACAGGCUCAGCUUUGCCAGACGCUUGCCAUGGAACUCCUAGAGACCAACCCUUACUUUUUUACAGACCAGCGGUUUUAUGAUGGGGAAAACUACCUGAGCCCCCGCGUACAUGGCUAUGAGCAGACAGCCUAUCAAGACCGAACAGCUAUGACACUUUGCCCCGAGGGCAGGGCUGUCAUAGAGGAGAAGGCCUCAGUCCUGCCAGACCACAGUCCUGGCCAGUGUCUGCCCUGGGCAUGCAAGGUAUGCAAGAGGAAAAGCGUCUCCAUCGACAGGCGCCGGGCUGCCACCUUGAGGGAAAAGCGCAGGCUGAAGAAAGUAAAUGAGGCCUUUGAAGCUCUGAAACGGAGCACUUUAUUGAACCCAAAUCAGCGGCUUCCCAAGGUGGAAAUCCUGCGCAGUGCCAUCCAAUACAUUGAACGCUUGCAAGCUCUGCUCAGUACCCUCAAUCAACAGGAGAGGGACCAGCGGGAACUGCGCUACUGUAACACCAGCACCCAGCCAGUGGUGACUAGUGACCAUGGAACCAGCAGCACCUCAUGUAGCCCAGAGUGGAGCACCCAACUAGAGUUCAGUACUCAUCCUGGAGAUCAUUUGCUGAGUGAUGAUUCUUCUGAAGACCACAAUCUUCACUCGCUGUCUUCAAUUGUGGACAGUAUUGCUGUAGAGGAUGUGGCUGUUGCGUUCCAAGAAGAGAGGGCUCAGAACUGAGGUUGUAGACAAAGAUGUUCAUCUCUGUGUUGUUUUUUAAGUCACCACACCAGCAGAUCGUAGGGUAGAAGAAACAUGUUACUAGGACUUUACAAUUACAAAAAGUUCCUCUCCUCAUUAACACUGGCUGAUGUUCCAAAUGGGGAAAAGUUUUCCUUCCUGACUAACACUGGAUGAUGGUUUAUUUCCCAAGCCACAAAGCCAUAGACUUUAACCACUGAAGCCACUUAUCCAAUUCCAUACACCUGAAUAGUGUUUUUUCUCCCAACUCAGAGGCAAGCUUAUUGGGGGGGGGGGGUAGUAAUUUGUAUGUUUGCCUGGUUUCCAGAAAGGUGGAGAUUGUGACUUUAUUGAUAGCUUAUGGAUCUCAUUUCCUCUGGAAAUUGGGAUGGAAUUAGCUGAUCAAAGUAUUCUGAUGUAUUAUUGGGAACACUAAUUAAGGGUGAGUUGCCUGUUAAGGAAGGAUUCCAGUGUGGCCUUCUUUCUUUUUCUAUUUGUAGAAGUUUUGUUUCUUUUGGGGGCCAAUGGUCUUUUUUAAAAAAGAAAAAUGUGGGUGUGUGCAAGUGUGUGUAUUUUUUUUACUUUAAAAAUACUGUCUGACCAACUUCUUUUGGCAGUUUGCAAUUUCCAGGCCCAGAAGCCAUAUAAAAUUCUGCCACUGAAGUCUUUUCUACUGUGUGGAGUUGCCAUUUUUUGUAUUUUUGCUAACUUAUUGUGAGAUUUCUUUUUUUUAAAAAAAAAAUAAAGGAGUUUUUG